UUUUUUGUUUUGUUUCUGUAUUUUUCCCAUUUAUAUGUAUGCGUAUAUGUAUGCGUAAUUUCAUUUCAUGUAAGCGGGCUGGGUGUGCUGUGAAAUGGACAAUGUGUGGCAAAAGCAUUUGCUUAUGGCCGUUUAAUCUUCUCGCGGUUAUCUUAUUAAUAUUACUACCACAACAGCAACAACAUGUUGUUUGCUAUCCACAACAUGUUGCCAUUUCAUCAUUAUCGCCCUCCAUAUCAUAUGCCCCUAUCACCGCCACCGACUCUAUGGCCCGUUCAGCAACAGCGAAACAUUCAACGUUUAUUGAAAAACGUGAAGUCAAUAACAACAAAUUAAAUGCAAACAGUCGUGCAUAUAUACCAUAUGAAAAUGAUAGAAAUUCAAUUGAUGAUGCCUAUCUGACUGAUGAAACUUCUAUACCAGACGAUGUAUUCGUUGUACAACCACAACAGCAGCAGCAGCAGCAGCAGCAGCAGCAGCAGUAUCAGCAGCAACAAAAGCAAUCAAAACAUCUAGAUGGAGAUUUCAAUAGAGACCUCCAUCAAUUGGUUAUUGAUGAGGAAGGUAUAGAGAGCGGUGCUGAUAUUAUUGAUGUUAACAUGCCGUACGAUGAUUCUGAGGCCGAAGCCGAUAUUAUACUUGAGUCACAAAGGUAUAAUGAAAGGAAUUUGAACACACGUAAUAACAAUAAAAGCAAUGAUAUGACAGAGAAAACCUUGAAGAAAACUAUCGGUAACAAAGUAAAUCUACAACAAUUGCAGCUAGAGAGUAGAGAAGGAAUGGAUAACAAAAAGACUAAAAACACCAAUAAAAACAACAACAACAACAACAACAACAACAAUAAUAAUAACGAUAACAAUAAUAGCAGACUACUCUUAAAUACAUCAUACGAUGAUAUAACGGAAGAAUACAUUUUGGAUGAAUUAUAUGAUGAGAAUGAUAAAGACGACGGGAAUGCUGAGUAUGAAAAAUUCAAAAGCAUGCACGAACGACAUCCGCAAAAAGAAAUUGAGAGACAAUGGCAUUUGUCAGCUCUAACGAAUAUCAAGAAAUCGAACGAAUUGAAUGAAAUGAAAAACGACCUGGUGCCUGACAAUAACAAUAACGUGAUUAUUGAUAAAUAUAUUGAUGACGUUAAAGACAAUGAUGAUGAUGUUGCUGUUGAUGAUAGAAAAGUUAAACAGAAAAAUAUGCUGACUGCUAUUGGCGAUAUCGAAGAGACAAACAAAGAUAUUGAUGCAGACGAGAACAAAGAGAUAAAAUCAUUUAACUUGCACAGUUCACAGUCAAAAGCAGCAAACAUCAAUAAUAGUUACGGUCAAGUGUUAAUACCGCGAAAAGCUAAACGGCAUAAUAAUGCGGCACGUUUAGACGAUGCAGCAAAUAAAUACGAUGACAAUCCCAGGCUGAUAUCUUAUCUAAAUAAAAAAAUCGCUCAAACCGAUGGGAUUGACAAUAAUAAUCAUAACACAGCUGACAAUGAUGAUAUCACUAAAAAAGUCAUAAAAAAUAAUGAAAAUCAAGCAACUAUUAUAGACCGACAUAGCGACAAUGAUAGAAACUAUUUUAAUACGUUAGAACGAAAUUCUACAAAACACAUUGACUUAAAUCAAUUUAAAGAACUUAAUCAACAAAGUAUUAAAGAAUCAGCAAAAGUCAAUGCACCGACGACAGCAUUUGAACAACAAAAAGCAUUGAAACGCAGUAACCGACGCAGUGGCCAUAAAAACCAUAAAAAGAAAUAUAAAGAUUACAUGCGUUACAGAGUGGCCGUCAACGCAGCAUCAACCGAUAAAAACGCAAUUACAGAACAGCCAUUACCUGCAUCAGGAAUCAGUUCGGAAAACACAAUUAAAUCUGCGGUACGAAAUAAUUUGUCUAAGCACGAGAAACGAUUACAAAUGAAAAUGAAAAAUCAAGCAGAGCAAAGGGCUUUUCCCUCAUCGCCCAUAUUUAUGAUCAAAUCUAAGGAGAGCAAGCGAUUGCAAAAUUCGGCUACGAAGAAACCGUUCUAUGAGGGUCAAAUUAAUUACUAUGUCGAAACAGAUGAUGUCGACGAUAAUGAACGACAAGAAAAUGGUAAUAAUGGGGAAAGAAUACCUUUGCAAGAGUCUCGACCUAUAACUGCUGAGGACAAACGCAUGGAUCAAGACUGGUUUAGAAAAUUGAGUCCUGUCUUACGUAAUGGCAUUAAAGCAAACAAUGAAGGCAGUCAUAACCGCAAUCACAACAACGAACGCAACUAUUCACCCUCAUCCAGUCAUUAUCCUCAUAAUGCGGUCGCAUCACAUCAUCGAUAUCAUCGUGGUCAUCAUUACAUUCAACAUCAUCAUUCUCAUCAUCGUAAUCAACUGCAUAAUAAACAACGUUCACGCCAUCGUCCAUAUCAACGAAAAAUGAUACCGAAAAAGUUAAUAAUGGCCGAGAGUAGUAGUACACCGUUACCACCACCUUCUUACAAACCAUUAGAGAGAAGAAUUAGCGCCGGAGAUACAAAUAGCGCCCUUACUGAAUUAGGUCAUCAAAUCACCGAAAUGAAAGACUUGGAACGCUAUUACGCUAAAUGGCCUCAUUUGGCCAGAGUACAAUUUCAAGUUUACGACGAACACUAUCGUGAAGCACACCCCGAUUUAUACGACGACUACGAAUAUGACAGCAUUAAUGAUUUCGACGAUACGCAAAUUGAUAAUAAUGACGACGAUAACUUGCCUCCUUAUAUCAAAAAGUAUAAUCGUCGUAAUAAGCAGUUACUGAAUUUGUUAGAAGGCACUUUAACGCCACCAACUAAAUCAUCCUUAAAACAAAUGCAACAACAAUUUUCUUCAUGGUCGGACUCUCAACCUCAAUCAGGACCGCGAGAUAAUCGCGCUGAUAGCGCUGUCGUGCGUAUCGAUGAUGAUUAUCUUAAAGAAAAACGUAAACGUUAUCAUUAUCGUCAACAUCAAGAACAUGAUUUGUUUAAACAACAGCGCCCUAACAAUCACGAUUUUGAAAAUAGCAACAGCAACAGCAACAACUUCACCAAUGCUAAAAACUCGAGCAUCACCAUAACAACCCAACCAUCAUAUCAAACAGAAAAUAAUUACAUUAGCUUUCAAUAUGAAAAUCAUUUACCUGACGAAGAUGUUAGCAUUUCCCUUGAAACAAACAACAAGCAUGUGGACGAUGAUGUAGAUGACGAAAGCGAUUUAAUUUUCAAUAUUGAAAAUAGCAAUGCGGAUGCCAGCAACGAUAAUGAUGAGAAUAUUUGGCAAAAGGAAAUUAAAACUAAAUCAAAUGCAGGAAAUUCUCAAAUGACUUGGCAAUUGCAUAAACUACAAGCAACAACUAAAGCACCAACAACUUUAACCACUACCAUGAAAGCAGCAUUUUAUAAAUUACCAUCGUAUCCAGCGAUCGUUGGUAACUAUAUGAAUAAGGCGCGUUCACGUAGCUCACAAUUCGCGCCUAGCUCGGGUAGCGAAUUAAGAAAAACUGCACCAUUCCCGAUAAAUGACAACAAUAAUUUUGUAAAUGCGGGCGGCUUCGUAGCCUACAAUGGCAGGCGAAAUGCCGGUACUGGCAAUAACUUUUUAUCAAAGUCAACUUCGCUCAAUGAAAAUAGAGAGCCAGUAGCAUCAUUAAUAUUUGAUAAUAAGGUACGUGCAGCAAGCAGUUUAGCACCUUUGGCAAAUUUAGCUAACUUACACAACACUAGCAACAAAACUAUUAACAGCAGCAAUAACAAUAACAAUAAUAACAACAACAAUCACGCUAGCACAGUUAGUAAUUCUUUUGUAUAUCAUCGCGUCGUAGAUGCAUCACCACGUUUAGUGGGUGCCGGUCUGACAGGUCGCAAGCAACGUUUACCUUUCGUCGCCAUAACAGACCGGCGCCUGGAAACGUCCAAAAAAUUCCUGGUGGAUCAUCAAAAAGAUUUCGAACAAAAUCUUUAUCCUUUGCCUUAAACCUGCAAAUAAACUACAAAAGAAAUUUUAACCAGAGAAACAAUCGCAAAGUUUUACAAAACUGCAAAUAUUUAUGUACA